AUGACGGCGCUUGGUGUGGGUGAGAUGAAGGUGUUUGAUGAAGCAGGGGAGGAGCACACGAUGGCGGAGCUGUGCGACAACCGCAAGGCCAUUGUUGUGUUUGACCUGGCCAAGGUGCCGCAAGACCACCUCGGCAACGUGGCUGUCGUGGUCAUCGGCUGCGCACCGCACCGCUUCAUCGCGCCCUUCAAGAAGGAGACAAACUUCCCCUUUGAGCUCUACUCCGACCCAGACCGCAACGUGUACAAGUCCCUGGGCCUGAAGCACGCGCACGCGUCGGCAUCUAAGAGCGAGCACAUGCGCUCCUCUGUCGUCAUGGGCCUGCUCCAGUCCACCUGGCGUGGCCUGAAGAGCAUGCGCAUGCAGGGUGAUGUCAAGCAGCAGGGCGGCGCGUUUGUGGUGGAUCAGAAGAAGCUCAUCUUCUCCCACCAGGACAAGUCCCCAGAUGACCAUUGCCCCAUCAACACCCUCCUCACAAAGGCCGGCUUGGAGACCUUCUUCUAG